AUGAUCUCGUAUAUAAGGCACUGUUCGCAUCCUCACGUCAGCACAUUAGCUCGUGCCGUAGCGACAGACAUGAAGCUCAGCGUAAUUCUCGCUUUGGUGGGCCUAGCCUUCGCCGCCGCCCUUCCUCUGGAGGCUCCUGAACCAGUGACCGACACUGAGGAAGUGGCGAAAGCCAAAGAAGAAUUCCAAGCUCUUUAUGAUGCAGCUGCAGCAGCAGCUGCCGCUGGCGAAGUCCCUGAGGUUGUCGUCCCAGAAGGUGCUCCUGAACCCGUUGCUGACACCGAAGAAGUUGCCGCGGCCAAAGCCGAAUUCCAAGCUGUCUUCGAUGCUGCCAUUGCCAACGAAAUCCCUGAGGUUGUAGUCCCAGAAGGUGCCCCUGAACCCGUUGCUGACACCGAAGAAGUUGCCGCGGCCAAAGCCGAAUUCCAAGCUGCCUUCGAUGCUGCCAUUGCCAACGACGGCGCUCUACCCGAAGUCGUGGUGCCAGAAGGAGCACCAGAGCCCGUAGCUGACACUGAGGAUGUUGCUGCUGCUAAGGCCACCUUCCAGGCUGCUUUUGAUGCCGCCGCUGCCGCUGCAGAGGCUGCCCCUGACAACGACCUGGAUGGCGCCAUUUCCACAGCCACUGGAAUCCUUUCUCCCUUCUACACCAACACUUUCCCCUUCGGUGCCUACGGCAUCCACGCCCCCAUCAUCGCCGCCACGCCUUUCGUGGGCACUACUCACAUCGUUGGCGCCGGUGCCCCUCUGGUUACAAAGCUCGAGACAAUCGAAACGAAACCCAUCACGUACAACGCCAUUCUUCCAGGUUUCUACGGUCUACACGCCCCCUUCUUCCAGGUCGUUCCAGCUGCUGAAGACUAAAGACUUCUUCCAGCCUUUAAGUCUAGCUGUCUUUUUGUCUGACUUACGAGAUUUUUGUGAUAAGGAAAUGAGAAUACUUAUCAUUUGCCUCUGACACUUGGCAUUUUUUAUAAGUAAAUGGUGCCAAGAGUUAAACGCACUUGAUGAAUAAACUGGGAUUUUAUUAGA